ACAAGGUUUGGAUGAACAUCUGGGCAUUACAUCAUGAUGAGAAGUACUUUGAUGAGCCGUAUGAGUUCAAAGUGGAAAGAUUCUUGGAUGAUGAUGGAAACUUGCUUCCAGGAAAUGAAAGAAAAUCAUUUCUACCAUUUGGAGUUGGUAAGCGAGAGUGUUUAGGAGAAGCAAUGGCCAAAGUGAGAAUGUUCCUGUUUGUCACUAGUCUACUACAAAGACUGGAGAUUUUCCCUGAAGAUAAAAACAACCCGCCGGAUCCAGACCCAACAAAAUUCACCUACGCAAUAGCAAUUCAACCUGGCCCAUUCAACAUUUUUGUCAAAGACAGGGAAAGUAGAAAAUAAACGCUAUAGCAUGAGACAGGCUUCAGUUAUUCAUGUUUGCAUAAAUAACACCCCACUAUAACAGACAUUCAGAUAUCUACUGAACAUUUUAGAGGUCAUGUCACUUUUACGUGAAAUAUACCUGAGUUCUCCCAAUAUAAGCAGACCUUGAGACUAGAGAGGCUCUAUAUUUGGGCAAGAACGAAGGCAAAUUUCACUUCAUAGUGACAUAGCUGAUGUA